AUGAAAGUAUCUUCUAUCCCUAGCCACUACCAAGAAGCAACAAUGACAGCAACGGACAAAAAACGGGAUACAGGUUUUGUUGACUUCCUGAAUCUCUAUGUCAAAAAUCUCGAUCCAACUGUAGACAAUAGUGAUCUAUUUAAUCUGUUUCGCAAAUUUGGCCGUAUUGUCUCAGCCAGAGUAAUGACAAAUCCUCAGAAUGGACAAUCAAAAGGUUACGGAUUCGUUAGUUUUGGGAAGCACGAAGAAGCUGCCGCAGCAUUAGAGGAAAUGAAUGGGUAUCAAUUCCGUACGAAACCGAUCAUUGUAGCCUACCAUGAACCUAAGAAGCCUCGUCAAGAAAAGUCAUCGUCCACUGCGACGUCCUCUUUCCAUUCCCCUCCUCCACCUAAUUCUUCACUUAAUGUUGUGGGACCGUUGAAUGGGCUAGGCAUCGACCAUGUUGACCAAUUAUCAAUGAAUAUAAAAGUAGAGGAAUUAUCGGUAGGGACUUCUAAAGCAAUGCGUGUGAAGCAACACAAACAACGAGAAUAUCCGAUAUAUUGCCAAGAUUAUACUAAUGCUGUCAACGGUUUUCCUGGUACAAAAAAACCUUCAUUGCGCCGUAGAAGAUCCUUGGAGUCCAUUAAUUCAACUAUGACAGAAUCCACGGCUCAAAUUCAACGUCAUCGCAUGACAGAAGCAGUCAAACGAUGCUGUAUGGAAAUACCGGCACUAACGAUGAUUGUAACGAACCAGCAAGAACAACAAAUCAAUGAUAUUGUUGACAUGCUACUGACAUUGAGAAAGAAAGAACGAUCUAUUUGUCUGUUCAAUCGUGAAUUUCUAAAAGAAAAAGUUCAGGCUGCCGUCGAAGCGUUAGAGAUUUGUGAAGAUGAAGCUGAGGAUGAAGAAGAAAUAUUGCUAGUAGACUUAAAGGAGGCUACUAAUACGACUGGUUUUAAUACCACUAUUAAUUCUAUUCCAACUGCCACUAACGACGAUGUUAUUAUACCUCCACGACAAUCAAAAGCUAUACCCAUUGUCGCGCCAAAUCAUUUGGAUGCGACCAAGCAAGAAGAAAUUAGAGCCUUAUUAAAUUCUCUGGAAGGAAAACCAAUACAUGAAAAGAAACAGCAACUCGGCGAUCAAUUGUUUCCUUUGGUUAAGGUAUAUCGUAUUCAUCGUUUAUCUUCCCUUCUGUUAGACUUUUUUUCUUCACUGCUUACUCGUUUAAUUUUAAUUCAAGGCUACUGGAGUUAG